AUGGACGGCGAGACAGCAGACCGCAAGCAGGCGGGAGAGACUAUGGAGAUGAGGGAGAUCGCGGGAGUGCAGCGAGAGAGCAAGGCAGAGGAGAGAGCCCAGGAGCUGGAGGUGAGCGCCUCCAAGGACAGCUUGCAGCUGCCAGCAGAGCCGGCCCUCGCUCCGGGAGCUCAGCCCGGCGUCCAGGUCCCCGAAGGCGGCUUGGGCUGGCUGGUGGUUUUCGCUGCCAGCUGGUGUAAUGGCUCCAUUUUCGGCAUCCAGAACUCGUUCGGAAUUCUGUACGUGAUGCUCUUAAAUGAGUUGGAGGAUCAGAAUGACCCGAGCAUUCAGUUUAAAACUGCUUGGGUAGGUGCGGUCUCAAUUGGGAUGAUUUUCUUUUGUUCUCCAGUAGUCAGUAUUUUCACUGACUGGUUUGGAUGCAGGAAGACGGCAAUGGGCGGUGCAACAAUGGCUUUUAUUGGACUUCUUUCCAGCUCCUUCACAAAGUCCCUGGAACUGAGGUAUUUGACUUAUGGAAUUGUCUUUGGAUGUGGAUCAUCUUUUGCUUUCCAGCCUUCACUAGUCAUUCUUGGCCAUUACUUUAGACGCCGGUUAGGCCUCGCUAAUGGAGUGAUGACAGCUGGCAGCAGCGUGUUCUCCACCGCUAUGCCUUUUUUCUUAAAGAAUAUUGGUGACAUACUGGGCCUAGCUCACACGCUGCAGAUUCUCAGUGUAUUCAUGUUCAUACAGAUACUUUUAUCCUUGACAUAUAAACCUCUGUUACCUUUGCCCUCUGCUGAAGAAAGACUGAAGCCUGACACAAAAGGAACCCUGAACUGUCUUCACCAAUGCAGGAGAUACCUAAAUCUGAGAGUAUUCAGGAAGGUAACAUACAGGGUUUGGGCCUUUGGAAUCGCCACUGCGGUCCUGGGCUACUUUGUGCCAUAUAUUCACUUGGUGAAUCAUGUCAGACAAGAGUUCAAGGAAGAUAAGAGAAAUUGGAUACUACUCGUCUGCAUUGGAGCUUCGUCAGGUGUUGGACGUCUAGCUUUUGGGAAAAUUGGUGACUGCAUCCCUGGACCCAGGAAGAUUUACCUGCAGGUGGCAUCCUUUUGGGUGUUAGGGCUUAUGUCCAUCAUGAUACCACUGUGCAGUGUUUUUGAAACUCUCAUUAUUGUCUGUCUUUUCCUGGGACUCUGUGAUGGUUGUUUCAUCACCAUUAUGGCACCUAUUGCCUUUGAGCUUGUUGGACCUCAAGAGGCGUCACAGGCUAUUGGCUUCCUUCUGGGACUUAUGGCUAUUCCUAUGACUGCGGGACCUCCCAUUGCAGGAAUUCUGUUUGAUCGCUUAGGCAGCUAUCGAAUAGCCUUUUACUUGGCUGGAAUUCCACCAAUCAUUGGGGGAUCAGUUUUGCUCUUUGUCCCUCUAAUCCAUAAGCGAAUUCGCAAGAGGCAAGAGAAAGAAGAGCCCGGCACUGACAGGAUGCUGUUAGCUUCUGAAAACGUCUUAAAUGGGGACAUGCUACCUGGCAACUCUAAUACAGAAGUGCCUGCAUAG